GAGCAAUACUGGGACAUGAAGCUGAGCAACUCUAGUCCAGAGUGGGGAAACAAAAAUAACCAACCGGUGGUAAUUCUGCUGGGGUGGGGUGGCUGCCAUGAUAAACACCUGGCAAAAUACAGCACCAUCUAUCAUCAGAAGGGGUGCACAAUUAUCCGCUACACAGCUCCAUGGAAGACAGUGUUUUUCACAGAACCCUUUGGCAUCAGGUCCCUCCAGAGCCCAGCUAGGAAGCUCCUGGAGCUGCUUUUUGACUAUAACAUUGAAAAGAACCCCCUGCUGUUUCAUGUGUUCAGCAAUGGCGGGGUCAUGCUUUACCGUUACAUCCUAGAGCUGAUCCACACGGAGAGGCAGUUCAGCAGCCUCAAGGUUGCCGGCACCAUUUUUGAUAGCGCCCCAGGUAGAAGAAACGUGAUAGGCAGCCUGCGUGCCUUGGCAGCUGUCCUGGGAUCAACGAACGUGCUGCUCAAGUAUUGCCUCCUGAUGGUCUUCGCUAUCCUGGUGCUGGUGCUGCGGAUCCUGCUGUACCCAGUGACUCGCCUCUUCCACGAGAGCCAUUAUGAUGCCCUGCUGAAGGAGACCUCGAGGUGGCCCGAGCUGUACCUCUACUCCAAGGGCGAUAGGAUCAUCCUGGCCAGUGACAUAGAGCACAUGAUUGAAGCACGGCGGCAGCACAACGUGGCGGUGAGAGCUGUGGACUUCGCAGACUCUGCUCAUGUCAGUCACCUGCGGGCAUAUCCCACCUAUUACAGCAGCCUCUGCACGUCUUUCAUGUGUGACUGUGUUGGAAACUCACCGGUUUCCCCAAGGCAGAGGCCUGCGUAAGGCCCCUACAGAGCGUGCCGGAAACAAACUGCUCUCUUGCUGCCUCUUCAACAGCUCCCUGCUCACAAUAAAAUCCUCAACCCACUGCCCUUCCCCAGAGGCGGGAGGCACAGAAUCGCUGAUUUCUCAACAGCUACUGCACAGCUGGAUGUCUGAAGCCUCCAGAUCCGUUGUUGGGCCAGUCAGAGACCAUGAUACUAAGUAGAUCCCGGGGAGUCAAAACAGGGAAUCACUUACAUAAUAAGGGUGAAAUCCUGACCCCUCUGAAGUCAAUGGGAGGCUGGGCAGGAGCUUUCAUGGAGAUGGCAUUUUGCUACAGGAGGCCAGAGAAAGGAGCAAGUUAACGGCUGUGUGGAGGAGCACUGCCUUCUCCCUUCUGACACCCACUGAUAACUCCUGUUAUGCUGCAGCAGUUCUGGGCCCUCUCUGACAGCUUCGGCUCUCAGAUUAGCCUUGUUUUGUUUUCUCUGCUGUUUCCUCCAUCCCACACUGGCUCAGUAGAAGUUCUGCAGUGUCUCCGCCUUCUCCCACUCCCCACCCCAUUGCCAGUCUUCUCCUAUUUCUACCCUAUCUCUCUCAGCCCUGCAUUAUAGUCACAUUGACAGCAGUUUUCAAGUACCUAAAAGGGUGUUGUUACAAGGAGGAGGGAGAAAAAUUGUUCUCCUUGGCCUCUGAGGACAGGACUAAAAGCAAUGGGCUUAAACUGCAGUAAGGGAG